AUGUCUCGCUUCGCCAUUGCAAGCCUGCUGGCCCUGGCCGCCAGCACCAUGGCCAUCACCUACCCCCCCUCAGCUGUCACCGGUACUGAAGGCAUCAUUGCCAGCAGCAUCUUCUUCCCUCUGCCCCCCACCGCGGUCCCUGCGACCAUGGAGGGAGUCGCCCUUGCUGACCCCCCGGAGUAUUUCACCCUUGUUGUGAUCAACAGCCACGGUGACGAUAUCACAACCUCCCAUGCUCAUGCUGCCGACAGUCCCACGGCCGUUAGUGGUGACGUCGGACCAGGCACAAUGACUAACGGGGCCACUGCUUCGGUCCUCUAUCCUACUGGCUGGGCUGGCAAUGUUGCUAUCAACGACGCCAAUUAUGAAAUUACUGGCGAUGACUCUUUGAUUGAAGCGAGUUUUGUCGUUGAGGACGAUGUCGCUGUUGUUGAUGUUGAUAUUAGUUAUGUCAAUGGCUUCUCUGUUGCUAUUGUGUGUUGGUGUACCGACACCGACGUCAGCCUGACAGGUUGCAACAAAAAUCUAUACACUCUCAACACUUGCCCUGACCCUGAUGGUGAGAACGCAUGCAUCAACCCCCUGCGCGCUUCCACGACUGCUACCGAGGCCACGACGUUUUUUGAGCCCUGCGAGGGAGCCGCUUACACCUUCCCGGAUGACAAUGCUGCCAACUCCUACGGCCAGUGCCAGUCAGGCUCUGUUACCUGCUGUGUUGGCGCUGAUUGCCCGGCCAGCUCGAAGCAGUCUUCUUAG